GGAACAUAAAAAGGCAGACCUACUGAAAGGUGUCGUUAGGUGAAUCAUGGAAACUGAAAAGAGAUGAGACAGUGUGUACGUCAUUGCGUGUGUAGGAGAGAGAGAGAGAGAGGGGGAAAUAGAAAAAUACAGAAAGUCGUGGACAUCGCAAGAGUGUUUCAGAGAACCACAGGACAUGGAAGGAGAGUCGAUCACAGACACCGAGUCUGAAACAGAAUCCGAAUGGGAUCCAGAGAGCAGCACAGAAUAUGACAGUCUGAGUGAGAACGACAGAGAAAAGAAAGGAAAACGAGGGGGGAAAAGGAAACGAAAGUACUCCAGCCAGAAUUUGAGGCAAACAAUUGAAAACCAACUCGAACUUCCUGUCAAAUGUGGAGCUAAAGAUGGUGUCCUUUAUGUGGAGAAAUAUAAUGACAUGCAGGCAUGCAUCUUCAGUGAAGGCCAGUGGUUCAAGCCGAUUGACUUUGAGAGAUUUGGAGGAAAGGCAAGGAGCAAAAAGUGGAGGAACAGCAUCGUUUACAAUGACAUUCCACUCCAGGAACUCAUAAGGGAUGGACUUCUUUUACCCUUUAAGAAAUAUGGAGUUCAGAAUAAACAGAAUGACUCUCCUGAAUCCUCACCAGUUACUGACCGGCUCAGAAAAAGGAAGUAUGUUGCACAGAUUGGCUCUCCUGAAUCCUCAUCUGUGACUGUCAGGCUCAGAAAAAGAAAGUGCAGGAGACAGCCGUUCCACUCUGAACCCAAGGAGUCGAUUAAUGGCAGUGAAGAUGGUGAUGGUGACAGUGACAACAAUGAUGUCAAUGAAGUUUUGGAUCUUGAUGAUGAUGAUGAUGAUGAUGUUAUUGACUUGAGCAUGUUUGAAGGUCCAACCCUACCUGUUACUUGUGGUUCUGAAUCUGGCAUCCUACAUAAAUAUCGCUUUGCCAAAGGGCAUCGUGGGAGAUGCAUAAGAACAGAGAACUUCUGGCUCACACCUGAGAAUUUCAUCAAACUGAACAAACCAGAAGGAACAUGGAGGAAAGAUAUUGUGACCAAUGAGAUACCUCUAGGAAAACUUAUAAUGAAAAGAGUUUUGGAACCGCAUAUGAUAAACUGUUACUGUGAGAUUUGUGAAGAACAAGAUCAAUAUCAACAGAAUGAUGACGUGUGUUUCGUGUGUAACUCUGAGGGAGAUCUUGUGUGUUGUGACGAGUGUCCACGAGCUUUUCAUUCACACUGUCAUCUACCAGCUGCAGACGGAGACUCACUUGGAAGCCAGUGGAGCUGCACAUUCUGUGUGAUGAAGAAUAUGAAAGAUUCCAGUCAAAAGACCCAACAGGAAGUUUUGAGCAGUCCAGUCUCUCAGUACACACUGCACUGUCAGUACCUGCUGUUACACCUGCUACAUGAGAGCAUGACUGAGCCCUGCACUAAUGUUUCAGGAUACAGUAAGAAUAUUUGUAGUCCCAUGAUGCUGGGCCGAGUGAAGCUGAACCUGGAGAAUAACGAUUAUCAAACAGUGCAAGAGUUUGUCUCCGAUAUUGAACAGAUUUUCAACUACUGUUGCACCUCCAACGGAGAUAAUGACUCCAGUAGAAUGACCUCUAGGCUGAAGGAAGCAUUCAAGAAGGAGUUUGAAACUGUCUUUAAGGAGAAGAGAAAUAGGAUAUGUGCCCCAAAUAAAGAGAUGACAGAUCUGUCAGUUUUCCAGGCUCCCUCUUUACCAGUCACCUGUGUUUCACUUACUGGGACUCUACACAAAUACAGGUUUGCAACAGGGAGUCGUGGGAAGUGUAUAAGGACCGAGGAAAGCUGGUUCACUCCGGAGGAAUUUGUGAACCAGGAACAAACUCUCACUGAUGGACACUGGAAAAAGGAUAUACUGUGCCAUGGAAAAACUCUUAACUUUUUACUCAAGAAAAAGAUCCUACGCAUCCAUCCUCUUCUGUGUGAAUGUGUGAAAUGCAGUCAUCAACUAGAAGACCUGAUGGCACAGACAAAUGACGAUGUUUGCUACGUGUGUGAGUCUGGAGGAGAUCUCGUGUGUUGUGACGAAUGUCCACGAGCUUUUCAUUCACACUGUCACCUACCAGCUGUGGACGGAGACUCACCUGGGGAAUGGAUUUGUACCUUUUGCAUGUUAAAAACCAGUCAUCAAUGGCGUGACUCCAGUAGCAUGACUGAACAAGAAGCUUUCAACGCUCCAGUGUCGCAAUACAGAUUGCACUGCCACUAUCUCCUGUUAUGUGUGUACAAGGAGGACACUCAGAGGGUGUUUGUAGAGGAUCCACGCAAAACAGUGUCCAGAUACUCUCAGUUCAUUUCUCAGCCAAUGUGGCUGGACAGAAUAAAGCUAAAGUUGGAAAGUGACGAGUAUCAGACGGUUGGAGCAUUUGUCUCUGACUUUCGGCUCAUUUUCAGCAAUUGCAGCACAUUCAACAAGGACAAUAAGUUUGGGAAAAUGCGUGCCAGGCUGAAGGAAAUGUUUGAGAAGGAGUUCCAGAAAAUCUUCACGAUCCAAUAACAGCCAAAUAUCACAAAAAUUGAACCGUUCAUUGCAGUAAAAAAUUUAAAAUGUGGGGAAAAACACACACACGUUUUCUCCAAAACACGUUGGCCAAAAUUAUUGGCACCAUUGUAUUAAAAAUAAAAAAGUCAUUUUGCCAAGAUAACGGCUCUGAGUCGUCUCCUAUAAUGCCUGAUGAGUUUGGAGAACACCUGAGGAGAGAUCAGAGGUCAUUCCUUCAUACAGAAUCUGUCCAGAUCCUUCAGAUUCCAGUUCCAUGUUGGUGCUUCUUCUCUUCAGUUCACUCCACUCAUUUUCUUUAGGGUUCAGGUCAGAGGACUGGGAAGACCAUGGCAGAAGCUUCAUUUUGUGCUUAGUGACAGAGGAUGAUUGAGGAUGAGAGUGAGGAUGAUUUUUCUUGAAACACUCCCAAACAACUUGUGGUGAUGUGUUUUUUUUUCUUUCUGACCCCAAGACUAUAAUCAUUUCUGUAAUUCUCCAGCUGUGAUCCUUGAAUCCACACACACACACACACACACACACACACAAACACACACACACACACACACACUUUC